AUGUCCGACGUUCCCCUGGACAUGCUGAACGGGAUAUCCGGUGCGCUCGCGAAAGAAGGCGACGUACGACAGAUGAUCCUCGUCGCCUUCAUCGGACUAUCAUGCUACAACGUCGCCGAGCUAAUUGUCCUCGUGCCAGCCACAUUCCGCCGGUGGCGCGGGCUCUAUUUCUGGGCCCUGCUCGUCUCAGGCGUGCUCGGCGUGGUACCAUACUCGGUCGGCUUCCUGAUGAAGUUCUUUACUCACACGGACUCCGUGCUGUCGGUUACUGUCCUGACUAUCGGCUGGUGGACGAUGGUGACGGGCCAAUCCGUGGUGCUGUACUCACGGCUGCACCUUGUGCUACGAGACGAGCGCGUGCUGCGCCGUGUAUUGCAGCUCAUCGUCGCGAAUAUCUUUCUCCUGCACGUGCCCACGACGAUCCUCACUUACGGCGCGAAUAUAGUGCACAGCGGCGACGACGCCUGGAUCAACGGGUACAAUAUCAUGGAGAAGAUCCAGCUGACCGGGUUCACGAUCCAAGAGAGUCUGCUGUCAACGCUGUAUGUGAUUGAGACGGUCAAGCUGCUGCGCCUUGGCGCGGAUGUGUCCUCGCGCCCGGAUGCACGGAGCAUCAUGUACCAGCUGAUCGGGAUCAACUGCGCGAUCAUAGCGAUGGAUUUGGUGCUUUUGAGUCUUGAAUAUGCCGAUCUGUACGCCGCGCAAAUCACCGUAAAGGGUUUCAUUUACUCGCUCAAACUCAAGCUUGAGUUUGCUGUGCUUGGUCGUCUGGUGGAUCUCAUUCAGGGGUCUAGACAUCCUAUCUCCAUCGCUAUUGCCGAUACGUUGCCUCUUUGCUCGAUGCAGAGGCCGCCCGAGACGCCUGAUCGCGGCGACGAUGUGCUUUACGAGCAGGCUGAGCCGAAGGACUUUUUGGCUCCGCCGGUCGGAGGCCGAGUUGUUCAGAGGAGGAUGUUUGUGGAGUCUGGAAGGACGGCUUUAUUAGCAAUAUGA